AUGGCUGACGAACUGCGCUCUCGAUUGUCGCCCCUUCACACUCGAAAUAUCAGCACUACCACCGCCGAUUCAGAUAGCUCGGACACCACCCCCGGCCCUUGUGACGAUGAAGAUACCGACUACUUCAUGGCGCAUGCCAAUGACUCGCAAUCCUCGCUUGGAGCCGUCACCGCCACUCGCGAUUGUGACGACGACGUUGACAUUGAACAGGUCCAUCGCCUCUCUCCGAUUUCCAAACUGCCUCCAGAGAUCCUGAUUGCCAUUCUUUCAAAGUUGACGACUACCGCCGACCUUCGCAAUUGCAUGCUGGUAUCAUAUCCAUGGGCAUUAUACACCGUUGGCAUUUUGUGGCAUCGACCCCUCUGCAACAAGUGGUCGAACCUGCUCAAUGUCGUGGCGGCCCUGGGAAAGGGCGAAAAGAGUUAUUUCCCAUACCAUGAAAUGGUCAAGAGAUUGAAUCUAUCGGCAAUUGCGGACAAGAUCAACGACGGGACAGUACAACCUUUCAUGAGCUGCAAGGGCAUUGAGCGACUUACCUUGACCAAUUGCUCCAAACUGACGGAUUUUGGCGUCGCCGGACUGGUUGACGGUUGCAGAAAACUACAGGCGUUGGAUGUGACGGACCUGGAUGCCUUGACAGACCGUACAUUGCAUGUUGUUGCCGCCAACUGCGCCAAACUUCAAGGUCUCAACAUCACCAACUGUUCGAGCGUCACAGAUGAAUCACUGGUCGACAUUGCCCAGCAUUGCAUGCAACUCAAACGACUCAAGCUCAAUGGCGUGGUACGAGCAACAGACGCGUCAAUCACCGCAGUUGCAAGAAACUGCCGCUCGAUCCUGGAGAUCGACUUGGCUGGCUGCCAUUCCAUCACUUCGGAAUCUGUCACUGCUCUUUUAACGAACCUGACACACCUUCGCGAGCUCCGCCUGGCACAUUGCAUCGACAUCAGUGAUGCGGCUUUUACCAACCUACCUCCACGACUGACAUUCGAUGCGCUUCGGAUUCUGGAUCUUACGGCGUGUGAGCAAGUCCGAGAUGAGGCCAUUGCGAGGAUGAUCCCGGCUGCUCCCCGAUUACGAAACCUCGUGCUGGCUAAGUGCAGACAUAUUACCGACCGGGCGGUUACGUCCAUCUGCAAGCUGGGCAAGAAUUUGCAUUACAUCCACCUGGGGCACUGUGUCAAUCUGACUGAUACCGCGGUCAUUCAGCUGGUCCGAGCCUGCAACCGCAUCAGAUACAUCGACUUGGCCUGCUGUUCGAGGUUGACAGAUGCCAGCGUACGCCAUCUGGCACAACUCCCCAAACUUCGUAGGAUCGGCCUGGUGAAAUGCCAGAACUUGACGGAUGCCAGUAUUAUGGCUCUGGCCCAUGGACCAAUUCUGUUCAGUCCGACUGGCAAGCUCGGAGUGCCGUCGCAAUUCGUGUCACUAGAAAGAGUCCACCUCAGCUACUGUGUCAAUUUGACUCUCAAGGGAAUCACUGCGCUCCUCCACAAUUGCCCUAGACUGACACACCUGUCUUUGACUGGAGUUCAAGCCUUUCUUCGAGAGGAUCUGACCCGGUUCUGUCGCGAUGCUCCGCCCGAAUUCACUCACCCACAACGAGAUGUGUUUUGCGUCUUUUCGGGCGAGGGAGUCUCACGCCUUCGGGAAUAUCUUAUGCGACUCGCCAUGGAAGAAGCGCAACGAGAGAAUCGUGAGGCGAUUGACGAUAGUUUGCUUGACGGGGUCGAUAGUCCCGGCGCUGACACCAUGUCCGACGACGGUACUUUGGAUGGAAACAAUGAUCACCUCAUGGAUCCGGUGUUGAACCCCCAUCGACACGGGGUAUCUUUUGCGAGCACCCCCCGUUCCCGACCUCGACCGCGAAGUCUACAUGAGCUGCCCAGCUAUCACGUCGAAAUGCCACUGUUGCCUUUUGACCAGGUUCAGCAUAUCGGUCCGUGGACGCCGGGAGUGCCAUUCACUCCUGAGGCUCGCGCCGCCCUUGCAUCACCACAUCUUAAUUUGAUCAAUUCCGGACUCCAGUAUCAAUAUGAUGGGUUCGAGCCUCGAUCACGGAGCCCCGCCUUCGAUGUGAGUGGAGAGUAUGUUGGCGAACGACCUGGGAGCUCGUCGCGUACUCCUUCACGGAGGCACACUAUGGAAGCUGGGUCAAGCAUUUUUGGUCCUCCACCAGUCCCGGUGCAUGGUUUUGCAGAGAGCAGUUCGAGACCUGUCGAGCUCGGCCAUUAUUCGCACGAUCCCAGAGCUAACUAUUUCGGGAUUGACGACAUUCGACGGUUUGCACCAUGGGGAAACGCCAGCGCAUUCGCAGCAGACCCUCUAAGAAGACCCUUGGCCGGCAUAGCUUUACGGACUCCUGCGGAAAUACGACAGUCUUAUCUCAGACCCGAACCUGAUUUCAGCACAUUUGAUGCGAAUCACGAAGCCAUCAUGGCCACAAUCCCUGGCAGUAGUUCUGGUAGUCGGCAUCCUUCCAGAUCCAACAGCCCCCAUGUGACCAGAGUCGACAGCCGGACUCGUUUGAGUAGUCUGUUAGCGCCACAGACUCGGAGCUAUUCCUCGACGCCUCUCAGUCAAGCAGAAGGUGCUAGACGGAGCAGCCGAGACGGUCGGAGCCGAGAAAGACUGCGGAUGGAAGAAGAGGGGCACCGACUAGCCAUGCUACAAGCUCUUGCAGAAGCGGAUGCCUCACAGCAAUUACGGCCCGACUUAGCGCCUCUCGAGUCUGACUCCCAUAUUGACCUGCCGUUUCUACCACCAGAGUUGAUGGAGCGGGUGGUUAGGCAACCCGGGAGCCAAUCUGAAGGGGUGUCAGAAGCGCGCCCUGAGACGAGGCCUCCGACGCAAACCCGGGAUCCUGACCAUGACGUUACCAUGACACAGUAG